UCGAUGAUCCGCUGAUGGAACCCCCUUCGUAUGAGGAGUCCCGCCUCCACCCUCCUGCUCUGAGCACAGCAGCAUUCAACGUCACCCCUCCCCCCUCCUACAAUGCCUCCCUCUAUUACCCCCCAACACCUCCUCCCACUUAUGGAGAAGCAGUUACAAUCCAGCCAGAUCCUUUUCCUGUCCUGACGCUGCCAAAUCCUAGGAGGACAAGAAACACUGGAGUCAUAACCCACCCAGUUACACAAAUUGGUGUAACACGGUCUGUCGGCGGGAGACGUUCUCAGCCCGUCGUCGUGACGACCCAGCCGCUUCCUGUUCCCAUCUCAGUGACACAUCUGGGAGACGUGCCUGGUGUGGUGCGCUGCCCUCACUGCCACCACGUCGUCACCACUAAAGUCUCCUACCUGCCUGGGAGGACCGCCUGGUGCAUGUGUUUCCUUUUCACCAUGAUGGGGUUAAUCUGUGGCUGCUGUCUGAUUCCAUUAACUAUAAAAAGCCUACAAGAUGCACAUCAUUCCUGCCCACAGUGUGGAAACGAGCUGCACACGUACACAAGAUGACACUGUCAGGAUUAGUAAGGCACCUCUGUUAAUACCACUCAUAGAAUAUUUAUCCCACAACAAGGAUAAAUAAUAUUCGUCUAGGAAUGAAAACACCUCCCGACCUAAGCAGGGGAGAAAGAGUAGAUUUGGGAGCAGAAUAGACUCUUACGUCCCUGCCUUAUCAUCACAUAUGUGAGGUUUAAAAGGUAUAUACAUAACUAAAUGAAGAUAGGGAUGGACUGACGAGUGGCUUUGCUGUUUGAGAAGUUUCUAUAGACCUUUUUAUUAAAAAUGUUUGGCUAUGAAAUGUUGACACAGCUUGAAUCUACCGAAAUUCAAACUCACCGCUGCUUUUCUCUAUAAAGGACCAUAUUGCCAUAUUCAAACCCUCAGGAGGUCAGUAUUUACGGAAGCACUGAGAGGCAAGUGAGAACAAUAAUUCCGUUGAUAUAUGUGUUUGUGUUUUUUCUUCUGUUCUUCUCUGGUUUUUGUUGUUAUUAUUCUAAUUUCCAACGCAAGAGGCAUCACUACCCGAUAUUGUAAAUGGGAUGUUUUUUUGUCUAAACUCAUAGUACAAAUAUUAAGUGUUGACAUGGAACCUUUUACUAUGAAAACAUCACCUAGAGAAAUUAUCCUGGUGACAUUUUUUAGUAAGUAAAAUCUAUCUAAAUACAACGUUUUUUCUCCUGGCAAACUUUUGAUGCAGGAAGAAAUGGA